GAAAAAUGUUUAACACCAUUUUUAUUGAUUGAUUUUAGUGACAAAUUUUUCUUUAUGACAGACCACAUUAUUUUUUUAGUCUAAAAAGUUUUUGAUAUAAAUAAUAUCAUUUUUGUUUUUGUUUUUAGGAUUGCAGAAGCUCUUGUAACGAGUGAGGAGUCUCAUAUGGCGCUGUCAAAUGCUUCUGAAAAUGAAACUGCUGAAUGCAAACAAAAUGUCCAUAAAUUUUCAGAAGAACAAUCUCCAGAAGAUAACAGAUCAUUAUCUUCACCGCACAUCCCCGAUGCUACUUUAAGUAAUCAACCGGUGUUUGAAGGAAGUGAAAAGUUAUCAAGAAUUCGCUUGAGUUCUUCAGGUGAUUCUUCUAUACCUAGUCCAUUAUCUUUUCCUACGAAAUUUAUUCCGUCGAGAAAUUCAGAAAUUAACCCUUAUCCAUCUGCUUCAUUGAACCCGGUAAAUGUUAAUAGUAUCCAUCCUUCUAAGCAGGUACAUCAGGGAUUAUUAUAUAAUUUGCUCAUUUCCAAAGAAACUUCAUCACAAAAUUCUACGACCAAAACUUCGGUCUCUAUUUCUCCCGGUCAGUCAUUAAUGGAAACUAAUGAAAAUAUGAGUGAUAUACGAACAGAUAAGCCACUUUCUGACUCAACAGUGUUCAUGGAUUCUCAUAAUGCAGAUACAAACAUUUAUCCUAGCUCAAUUAAAAGUUCUACAGUUUAUUCUAAUUUUCGUCAUCGAGCUAACUCUCUUGGUUGCAAACUUUCUAAUAACCGCCCAUAUACUCGACCUCAUGCUUCAUCUUUUGGUGCCGCUUCUGACUUUUAUCCUAGCCUCAAAGCACGUUUACAGCAUCGUCGUCAAAUGGAGGGAUCAACGCCAGAUUCGGUCUUUUCAAAACCAAAAUAUACAUUAUAUCAUCGAGCACUGUCAAAGUCACAUGAAAAUGCAAUGAACGUUUCCCAUAUAGACACUCGUUCGCACAGUUUAAGCGCUAUCUUACCUCAAAAAUCUAGUUUAUCCUCAUCCGGUGUAUCUAGUCCCCGUGUUCCACCCCAAAGUUUUCCAGUUUAUCCCAGAAUGAUGGCUCCCUCUCCCACUAUCACUUCUCAGAGUUCAGGAUAUAGCUCAGCUGGCCUACAAAAAUCUCCUCAAACCUCUUCACUGUCAAACGAUUCAGGAUCUGAUGAGCCAAUUGAUCUCACUGGUCACUCUGUACCCAUAUCACUAACAACAAAUACAUUUCCUUUACCUACUAUUACUCCCGGUGUUAAUAAUUUUCAGAAUGGAAACUUUCCUUAUGUACAGUUAGCUAAGAAAACUGCUCGUCCGGUGCAAGCACGAAUUACCGAGUGGUUACGGCAGAUUACUGAGUUUGUGGCCCUAUCUACACCUCUUGUUUCUACUUUGAAACCUAAAUUAUGGACUCUUAAUGAUUUAUCUAAACAAGAACAUCAUUUGAAUAACAAGAAUGUUGCUUUUCCUUGGUUAUCAUUACUUGCACAAUGCUGGCAAAAACUGUUAGCCUUAAGUAUGGUUGAGAAUUCUUUGGAUGUUGUUGUUGUUGAAGAUAAAUCACUAUACGAAGAAAACCAUCAAUACCAGGAUCCUGUGAACUUGGAAAUCCCAUGGUCUCUGCUUACAGAUAUACAAAGACAUGGAGAAACGAAAAACAGGAGGCCAGAUCGGAAGUUUUCUAAUGAACUCCUUCAAUUUUUAUCAGAAAUACGUCAAGCUGGUUUGAGUGCUCAGGAGUUUUAUUUAUUACGUCACGUAGUUCUUCUAACUGUUGAUGAACCGGAUACUUUGCCUACCUUGGGUUUAAAUGUCAUCCGUGCUUCAAGAAGCAUGAACAAUAGCAAUAAUAAUAGUAGUAAAACGGAUCAGUCAAAUUCUGUUGCUAAUUUAUUAAAAGACGGAACCCAGGCUUCUAUUCUUCCAUCAGAAGGUGAACCGCCUACAGUGACUUUUGAUUUAGCAUGUUUAGCUUGUGGAUUAAAAGCUCUUCGAUCCAUGUGUCCUUAUCGAAUUGCAAGUCUAUUCUGCAGUCAUUUGCGAAAUAGUUCAAUAUUGAAUCAAACAUUUAUACUUGAAAUGCAUAUAAAAUAUUUAUUAGCCCUUAAGGACCUGCAAACGUUAUCUUCUUCACAAAUCACCGCUGAGGUUGUUAGUAAUGGGAUUAAUAACAGUAAUAAUAGCGGUAUCAACAGUAAUGGUAAUAGCAACAGUAAAAACAAUAUUAACAAUAAUAAGUAUCCCAUGCUUCAAAAGAUACAAGUAAAUAAAAAAAGUAUCUUGGAACAAUUGUUUGAUAGUGCUUGAAAAUAAACAUCACAAUUUGUAAACAAUUUUGUGUGGUUGUACUAGUUCUUUAUCUCCUAGUAAACAAUAGCACUGAAACCUAAAUACUGAAGACAUUAAAUCAAAAGAGUACAACUCCAAGGAUGAGGAAAUGUUGGUAACAUUGGUAGUGGCAUCAUCCUUGUUAAUAGACAAAGAUUAAGAGAUUGUAAAGAUACCGCUUGAAACAAUAAAA